CACCUGCCUAUAGUUUUCUAGUAAUCCUGAAGGCACUGAUUAGCUGGUUCAGGUGUGUUUGAUUAGGGUUGGCGCUAAACUCUGCAGGGCAGUGGCCCUCCAGGACCGAGUUUGCCCACCCCUGUUCUAUAUGAAUGCAAUCCAGACAUGUUAUAUCUGCCAUUUUUGGCAUUGCAAUGUAAAUUGUGUUGCUUCCAUGCAAUUUACAAGUCCUCUUCCAAGGCCUCAUGGGAUAGUAAAGUGUCUUUGUAUGUAUGUAACACUCACUUUUCAUUACCCGAUCAGUUCCUUUCCACUAUACGCAAAAUAAAAUACUGCAUAAAUGUACAUUUAUGAUAUUGUAUUUUAAAUUCCAUUAAGUUUUUACUAUGUCUGCUUGAGGAAAAAAAUAAAAAAUAUCCCCAUGGACAUCCUCAUAAUCCACUCUUAGAAGACCCUAUUGUCACACUUCAGUUCCUACCAUCUGGCUAUUUUUACCCUUUACAGACAUAUCAACCGUACGGUCACGCAUAGUUUUGGAAAGUCAUGGCAAACAGGUGUUUCUGUAUUUCUCUUAUAUUUUGCCAUAUUUCUAUUGUUUAAACUCUACCCUACUAACUACAACAUUGUGGUUUGAUUCCCUCCUUAACUGAUACCAUGUUUGACCCUAUUAUUCGAUGACCGAUCAGCAACUUCAUUCUUUCGAGUGACCGACUGAAGUGUGCAAACUGAUGCUGUCACCUGAAAAUUGAAAAGUCCCAUCCCUCCAUGACAAAAGCAGGCAGUGGGGUGGGACAAUAGAGCUGUGGAAGAUUUUUGUCUCAUCUCCUUCUUUUGACUGAUUUUUUUCACACUCAAAGUAAGGUCUACCGUACAGUUGAGAAAUCAGUUAAAGGGUUAAAUAAUCAGGCACCAUGCUCAUUGGCUACCACUCAUGACAAUCAACUAGUGCUAAGGUGGGGUUUAAGCUAUCCUACCAUAUUUUGUACUAAUGCCUUAAAGAUUAUCUAUUUGCAGUGUUAUUAUGCUAAUUUCUGUUUCCCUGUUUGUCUAACUCAGUAAAGAACACCUCUGGUUCUCUAAUUAUGAAUUAUACAGAUGCCAUACUGAGGACCACUGCACAGCCUCCAUGGACUGAGAUGGUGACCAACAGCACCCUUGAUCUAAAUUAUUAUGCAUCAUCCAGUGUGAAUGGACAACGUGCUGAUGAUGACUACUACGAUGACUACUAUGAUGACUACUAUGCUCAAAACAUUGACCAGUCUGCGUUUUCCUGUAAUUAUGGAGAUCAUAUAGCUAGCUUCCUUCCUGUGUUAUACUCCCUGUUUUUUGUGGUGGGCUUUCUGGGUAACACACUUGUGAUCUGGGUGGUCUUGAUGGGUAUGAAGCUGAGAAGCAUGACUGACAUCUGUCUCUUGAACCUGGCUUUAUCUGACCUGCUCUUGGUCUCCUCCCUUCCCUUCCUGGCACACUAUGCCAGAGACCAGUGGAUCUUUGGAAAUGUCAUGUGCACUAUGGUCCUUAGUGUCUACCACAUCGGAUUCUACAGUGGGAUAUUCUUUAUAGUAUUGAUGAGUGUUGAUCGAUACUUAGUUGUAGUUCAUCCUGUGUUUGCCUUGAGAGUCAGAACAAGGACAUAUAGGAUCUUAGCCAGUAUGGUCACAUGGAUCAUUGCUGUUUUUGCAUCCUUUCCUGAGUUGCUGUACCUCAAAACCACAGAUAUAAAUAAUCAAAAGCUUUGUACAGAUUAUCACCCUUCUAAUCAUUCUUCAAAGAUAAUUGGUAUCUUUAAAAUGAAUGUCAUUGGUUUAAUUAUCCCACUUAUUGUGAUUGGAUUUUGUUACUCAAUGAUUCUAAUUAGACUCCUGACAGUUCGCUCUUCCAGGAGGCAGGCCAUGCUUCUAGUUAUUGUGGUGAUGGUGGUCUUCUUUUGCUGUUGGGCUCCAUACAAUGUUGCAGCUUUUGUGAAAGCCUUAGAGAUAAAAGAAUACAUACCUCAUUCCUGUGAGAGCAGUAAGGCAAUCAGUCUAAGUCUACAGAUCACAGAAGCUUUGGCUUACUCACACAGCUGCCUGAAUCCAGUUCUCUAUGUGUUUGUGGGAGGGAAAUUUAAGAGGCAUCUUUUUAGACUGCUGUACAAGACACCCUUAAGUAGAUUGCAGUUCAUGCAGAAUUAUAUUACACCAGCCACAGGAUCUGUUUAUUUACAUUCCACUAGUGUGGAUGAGAGAUCCGCUGCAGUGUAAGCGGAACAUUAAUUGGAGUAGGGAAUACAGGCAAAAGGAAAAAAAAGGAAAAGAAAAUUCUAAUAAGGUUUUACUUGGAUAAAGAGAAAAAAGUGUUUUUUACUCUUAGUGGCUUUUUUGUUUACUAAUGCUAUAAUUAGAUGAACUGUAUUUUGUAAGAAAAAACACCUUUAAUAAAGAUAUAUGGUUCACAUUGCAUAGUGAUAAUUUUACACCAUUGAGAACAGCAACAAGGUCAGUUAGUAACUGGGUUGCAGUAAUAAUCGCACAAUGCAGGAGAAUCCAAGAAACAAAACUGUUUUUUAAUUUUAAAUCCAACUCAGAAAUAAUCAGAUUACAGGGAUAACUAAAAUAGAUGAGUAAAGUUUGAUAACAAACUUUGAUGUUGGCUUGACAAAGCCAGGUCUGAAAGUUUAAUAACUUUGAACAGCUUAAAGUUUGAAGGUUUUACUCAGAGAAAGUAAAAAUAAAUGUUACUAGCACGUUUUAGCAUGUUGCUAGCAUGAUUUAACAUGUUGCUAACAUGUUUUAGCAUGUUGCUACAUGAAUUAGCAGGUUGCUAACAUGAAUUCACAUGUUGCUAGCAUGUGUUAGCCCACUGCUAGUCUCGUGUAGCCAGACGUUGUUCAGACUGACGGCAGAAGGUCUGGACUCUAUCGCAGCUUUCAUUGGCCAAGGACCGCCCAAGUGGACGUUUGACUGACAUGCAACGCAACCAAUCACAGUUCGUUUUGCUCCGCGUCAUGUUUAGGGGCAUGAAAAUGUAAAGUUGAUGUCCCUGCAAUAACAGACCGGCGUACAUCUAUAAAUUAUUAAUUCAAGAGCAUUGUGCAAGUUUACUACAACAAUGGAGCCACGAACUUCACGUACUUCUAAAAAUCUAGCAUUUAGUUGAUCCUGGUAAGCGCUUGUAAAUACAACGGCGUCUUUUUGUCCACAAGGGGGUUUGGCGUCACGGCAUUUGUUUCCAGGCAGACCGUCAAAGAAUGCGUCAUACGUGUCUCCCGGACAUCCUGUAUAAUUCAACCAACCAGAUGACGACUUCGAAACUCCUGAAGUGUUUCCAAUUAAGCGUGCCAUGCAUCAGACGUUCAGCCAACGGUCCAUGGGCGUGAUGUCUGAGACUGAGACUAGCCCAGUGCUAACAUGAAUUAACAUGUUGCUAACAUGAUUUAGCACAUUGCUAGCAUGAAUUAGCAUGUUGCUAGCAAGUUUUAGCCCACUGCUACCAUGAAUUUACAUGUUGCUACAAUGAUUUAACAAAUUGUUAACAUGAAUACAAACAAAGCGUUUAAGGCAAGUGUUUUCUGUUGGUUCCCUUUGGCGUGGGCUUUGUAGAUAAGUGUGGAAAAAUUAUAGGCCUAUCAACUUUUGAGAUACUUUGUGCAAAAAACAGAUACAGGUAUCAAAGCAAAAUGUGUUACAAAACAAACUGGUCUCCUACUCUCAGAUACUGAUCCUAAGGGAAAAGGCUGAAGCUCUGAACAUGUCACACGUGUCUAUUUAACUAAAGGUGCCUGCACAAAAGAGUUCAUGGUGCAUCAGAGAACGCAGCACAUCCAUUGACUUAAUCAAUUGGAGAUGGUGUGGUGCGUUGUGAGAGGGAAAAGGUCUGCGGAAGUGACUCUCUCUCAUCCUAGCGUUAGUCCCACUCAUCUGCAAGGUCCACUUCACAGCAGAAUUAUCCACAUAUUGGAUUUGGCACAGGUUUUACGUGGGGAUGCAGAAGUCCUGACAGUGCACUAACUCAUAGUGCUGGGACACACUCGCAGCCAAUUUUAUCAUAUCCAACUGCGGAAAAACAUCGUGUACAUCUGAACAGAAGUCGAAUAUACAUUUCUUAACAUUACAUAAUGUUGGUAUGCUCAAAAAUCAAGAUCUGUGACGGGUGCUGCACAUUGAUAUGAUCAAUAAGUCAAACAUGUUACUAUAUUUUGGAAUUUAGCAACACAGCAUAGACAAAUUAACAUCCAGGAUCAGGAUUAUCUUGUUUUAUAAAUACAUUUAUGUGUAUAUAAAUAUUGUUUUUUAAGACUCCAAUUAAACUCUCACUGCUACAAGGGGAUUUUCUCUGCAGUUGAACUGUAAGUCAUUUUCAGUCACAAAGCUCUGUAGUGUGUUUGUGAUUAUGCAGGUGUCGCCUCCUUUAGGUCUUCUAUGUAAAAACAGGUUGGAAGCUGAUGAAGCCAACACUUUGUUAAAAAUAAUUUUUUAUUUCAUUGGCAAUUUCACAAUACACAUGUUUACAGUAUGUUAGCAAACCUGCUUCCCACAUUGAAUCCAUACUGUUUUGAGGCUGUGAAAUAAAUUUAUAUAUACAUAUUUUUAGUUGACAAUGAACAUGAUGAACAAUCAGUUGAUCUAUGUUCCUCAAACGUAUGCAUUUUGAUUUUUGAUCGACUGUUUUGGUUUAGUAAACAAGCUAUAUAUUGGCUGCAAUAAAAAUUGUUUCAACACUCUAAAAUGUUUCUAAAUAUUUCAAUCAGUUUAUGGCAUUGUCAGUUUUACAUUUAUUUUUACAUAAAGAUUUAAUUUAAUUUAAUUUAUUAACAAUACUUG